AUGGAUUCCAAUUUGGAGUACAUAUACGAGCAGUAUGUUGAGUCCUCCGAUGUCACGUCGGACGAGGAGUACUCCGAUGAGAGGGUGAUGACGCAGGCAGUCCUUAAAGACGCGGAGCGUGCAAAGGAGCAUGUUCUCAAUUUCAAGGGCUCGACCAAGGGUCAUCGAGUGCUCAACCGCAACAGGGCGCACGGGCAUUUGACACAGAUGGUCGACUACUUUGCCCCCGAUGCACUAUUCGUUGACCAUUUUCGCCGGCGUUUUCGGAUGCGCAAGACUGUCUUCGAUCGUUUGUACCAUGGCGUCCGAUCCUACGAUGACUACUUCAUCCUGAAGAUGGACGCCAUGGGAACGAUUGGCUUCUCUGGACACCAGAAGUGCACGGCCGCACUCCGGAUGCUUGCAUAUGGCACGACCGUUGAUUCGUGGGACGAGUACCUACAGAUGUAUGAGAGCACAUGCGGAGAUGCCUUGGUCAGGUUUGCAACUGCCAUGGACGAGGUGUUCGGACCUCAGUACCUAAGAGAACCAACUGUGGUAGACACCGAGAGGCUCCUGGCAAUCUCAGAAGCAAGAGAGUGGCCAGAUUUUCUUGGAUCUCUUGACUGCAUGCAUUGGAAAUGGAAGAAUUGUCUGAAGGCUUUACAAAGGAAAUAUUAG